AUGUCAUCUACAGAGUCUUAUCCAAAGUUUCCUGCCAUCUCUACCAAAAAAUUGCAGGAUGGCCUUCAGUCCGAGAUUUUUCGGUGGGCUCUUACCAAUGGACUAGCAAUGUACCCACCGAACUUCAAACCAGAACUUGCAACUGUAGCACCAAUUACAUUAUUCCCAACUCCAUUGCCAAACGAAGCUUUUCAGAAGGCCAUUGAUGUCCAAACUAUUUACAAUGCAUUGUACGCAAGUAUUUCACAGAACAAGAAUGAUUGGUUGGCGAAAGAAACAGAAAAGCUAGCCAAAUCGGAUCCAGAGUUUACCGGUAGACUCUGGACUUUGUACAAGAGAGCUAAAGAGUACGGUAUCGUGCAAGAUCUAGCAUUGGGGGUUUUCCGCUCGGAUUAUCUCAUCAACAGCGAUAAUAAUCAGAUCAAGCAAGUGGAAUUUAACACCGUCUCUGUGUCGUUUGGCGGUCUUUCAACAAAAGUAGGAGAACUUCAUGAUUACCUAAACAAAAGUGGGAACUAUUCGGAUAAUGGUGAGGUCUUUUAUGAUCAGGAUAUACCUAUCUCACCUUCAGCUGAAUUACUCGCUACAGGCUUAGCAACUGCCAUUAACAAGUACCAACCGGCUGACAAGAAUAAAAGACCAAUUGUGGCUUUCAUUGUUCAAAAUGGGGAAAGAAAUGUAUUUGAUCAGAGCAUUUUAGCUCUUAACCUCUUGUCAAAAUACGAUACUAAAUCCGUGAGAUUAACCAUUCACGAGAUCCAUGAAGCAACUAGAUUAGACCCUGAGACUAAAAGAUUAUAUCACAAGACAACUGGACAAGAAAUUGGUUUAGUUUACUUCAGGUCAGGUUACGCUCCAAGUGAUUUUGUUUCAGAGCAGGAUUGGGAAAACAGACUAACUCUUGAAAUCUCUUAUGCUAUUAAGGCUCCUAAUUUACUAACACAGCUUUCAGGUACCAAGAAGAUUCAGCAAUUACUAACUGAUCCCAAGAUUCUGAAAGAAUUUUUAUCCGAUACUGAAUCUUUAGAUCAUCUUUUACCAACAUUUGUCAAAAUAUAUCCAUUGGAUUCAUCUGUGUUGGGUGAAAUCGGCAAGAAGUUAGCCCUUACCGAACCUGAGAACUAUGUGUUAAAACCUCAAAGAGAAGGUGGUGGAAACAAUAUAUACAAGGAAGAUAUCCCUGGGUUCUUAGAAUCAGUUGACGAGGACGAAUGGAGUGCAUACAUUUUAAUGGAACUGAUAACACCCAAAUCGACAGAAGAAAACUUCGUUAUCAGAGGGCAGGAAUUAUUCAACGUUCCCAUCUUAAGUGAACUUGGUAUAUUUGGUACGAUUUUAUUUGAUCAUAAUAAUAUUUAUUCUAAUGAAUAUGCUGGAUGGUUAUUAAGGUCUAAAUUUAGCUCUUCCAACGAAGGCGGCGUAGCAGCGGGCUUUGGCUGCGUCGAUAGCGUAGUGUUAUAUUAA